AUGAACCUGAAAGAACAAGAACACAGAAAGUCAGACGAAGAACCGGUGGAGGUCACCGGUAAUUCGCUCCGACGAUCAACACGUGUAUUCCGUAGUGGAUUCUUACUCUUUUUGGUCCCCACAAAAUCGGUUAGUAGACGUGGUUUGCUCACGUUGGAUCUCGUUUCUCGAGUAAGAUAUGCAGUACAUGGAAACGCCUAUGUGUCAGAUUCUGUUAAGAGUUUGUUAUGGAAAAUGCUAACUCGGCCAAACAUCAUCGGUCGAAAAUGGUCACUAGGUACUAGGUCCUUAUGUUCGUUUGACCUGGUGAGGUUUCAUGUUGGUGAGGCUGUUUCACCGCCUUGUUGCUGGUCUCAUUAUCAGUUCGGCUUACCCAUUAUAGGCCAGAGCAUGAGUCUUCUCAAGGCCAUGCGCGAUAACACAGCAGAACAUUGGUUCCAUGCAAGAAUCAAGAAAUACGGGCCGGUUUCAAAGAUGAAUAUUUUCGGUACCCGAACCGUAUUUCUCCACGGCCAAGCUGCCAAUAAGUUCAUAUACACCUGCGACGGCGAUAUCCUGGCCAAUCAGCAACCUUCGUCGAUCAGAAGGCUGAUCGGAGAGAGGAAUAUUUUGGAAUUAAGCGGCGAUGAGCACAGGCGAUUAAGAGGUGCGCUGGUUUCAUUUCUGAAGCCUGAUGUGUUAAAGCAGUAUGUUGGAAUAAUGGAUCAAGAAAUUAGAAAGCACUUUGAGAUGAAUUGGCAUGGCAAGCAAAAAAUUUCGGUGAUGCCUUUGAUGAAGAGACUCACCUUCAAUGUCCUGAGCUCACUCAUCAUAGGAAUGGAACAAGGACCAGAACGCGACAUACUCGGACACCGCUUCCAACAACUUAUGGAAGGAAUGCUCUCAGUGCCAAUAAAUUUACCAUUCACACGUUUCAACAGAAGUCUUAACGAAAGGGAGAAAAUCAGAGCAAAAAUAUUGGAAAUUAUUCAUCAGAAAAGGGCUGCACUUGAUCAACAUGAUGCUUCACCCCAACAAGAUCUUCUCAGUACCUUAAUCAGUCUCCGGAACGACGAUAAUUCAGUCAUUUUUACGGAUGACGAAAUCGUCGAUAACGCUAUGGUUGUUAUGCUGGCAGGACAUGACACAACUUCUAUCCUGCUUACUUUCUUAACCAGGCUUUUAGCUUCUGAUCCUUCUGUUUGUGCCACGAUUCUUCAAGAACAAGAGGAGAUAGCUAAGAAUAAAAGCUUAGGGGAAUUGCUGACAUGGGAAGAUAUUGGAAGAAUGAGAUACACAUGGAGAGUUGCAAUGGAGACUCUAAGAAUGAAUCCUCCUGUGUUUUUAUCGUUCAGGAAAGUUCUUCGAGAUUUUGAAUACCAAGGUUACCUUAUUCCCGAAGGAUGGCAGGUUGUAUGGUCACCCUGUAUGACACAUAUGGAUGAAGAUAUAUUUCCAGGCGCGUCCGAGUUUGAUCCGACGCAUUUCGAAAAACAAGCACCGCCCUACAGUUUCAUGGCAUUUGGAGGAGGAUCCAGAAUUUGCCCUGGAAAUGAAUUUGCUAGAAUUGAAACUCUCGUUGCUAUUCAUUAUAUAGUAACUCGAUUCAAUUUGAAGAGUUGUGACUCGGAUAUGUCCUUCUCCAGAGAUCCGAUGCCAAGUUUCAGGAACGGAUUAGAGAUAGAAAUAGAACCAAAGAUCUCUUCCAAAGUUCAAUAAAAUGUACAAUCAAGCACCACAUAAUUUCAGAGAAAGUUAAAAUAAAAAUAAUCAGAAUUAUUUUGGCU